AUGUCCAUCGUGUUACUGCGCUUCAGGUACAUCGUCGUCGUGCUUCUGUUCACAGUUCUCUUGCUUGCCCUAUGCCUUCGCCCACCACACGCCGGCACUGUGGGUUUUCCAGAUGCUGCCAACUCUUUGGCUCGACAUGUGGAUGCAUCCAGACGGAAGUUCAACGCAAGUCCAUACACCAAGGACCGAUCAAUCUAUCGGGUACAAAAUGAAACAUUGGGAUUUCAACAAGUGUAUAUGAUUUCGCUUCCACAUCGUACAGACAAAAGAGAUGCAUUCGCUUUGCAGGCAGCAUUUUCGGAAAUCAGCUAUACGCAGAUGGAUGGAGUAGAUGGCCACGAAGUACCGGAGAAGGCACUGCCACAUGUAGGUACGUGGGCCAUUGACCGACAAGUCAAAACUGAUAAAGAUGGCCAGACCAUGGAGCAAAGCCCUAAUGCUAUCGGCUGCUGGAGAGCUCAUCUGAACGUCGCUCAGAGGAUUGUCCGCGAGCGAGUGGCCACAGCAUUGGUCUUCGAGGAUGACGCUGACUGGGAUGUCGCUUUUAAGCAACAAUUGGUGCAAUUUGCCCGCGGAUCAAGAGUCAUGCUACAGACCCCCGAUGAUAAGAUUCCCAUAUCUCCAUAUGGCGACGGGUGGGACAUUCUUUGGAUCGGACACUGUGGAACAUGGGUCUAUCCCGAAAGAAGGCGUCGAUUCUUUGUCAUACCCAAUGACCCGACCGUCGAGCCGCCUCAACACCGACAAAACGUCAAGGUUCCUGAUAUGUCGUAUUGGGAAGGCCCCGAGAGUGAUAAUAAAACAAGAAUAGUGUUCAAAGCAGGAGGAGGUGUCUGCACAGCUAGCUACGCCAUCUCACAGCAAGGCGCUCGUAAAGUUCUGUAUUAUAUGAGCAUGGUGCCUUUCAACAAACCGGUGGACUGGGGCUUAGCUAAUCUCUGCGAGACUAAGGCGUAUAACUUCCGAUGUAUCUCGGUUUUCCCUCAGCUAGUGGGAGUGUCGCGACCACAGGGAAACACAAGCAAAUGGAGUGAUAUCGGGUAUGGAGCAGAUAAUGAGAGGAAGGUUGAGAACGCGAAUUCCCAACAUCUGGUUUAUUCUACCCGGUUGAAUAUGGAAAACAUGUUGGCGGGGAAUGCAAUCUUUGAGAGUCAAUAUCCAGACUCCACGCCAGCACGAAUGGGUAUCGAGGAAAUUGGUGCGGCCGUUGGCCAUGUGGAAGUCGUUGAUGUUGAAGACUGA